CUUUACGAGCACCUGCAGCUGUCGUUUCAAUUGAUUGCGGAGAAGGAGAUGGCGAGCCAGGAUCCAAACAGUCUCGAAAGCGAGCAUGGCAUAUCUUUAUUGCAUGAGAAAAUACUGCAGGAGAACAACCACUUCUCUCUGACCCAACCAUCCACCAGACAUGCUCACACACGCCCUCGCCAUACCUCAAACACCAAGAUCCAGCGGCUGAAGUCCUCGUCCACCGCUCCCGCCGCCUCAACUUUAACGGACAUGGACUCGACUGACCAACAAGAUGCUACGCCCUCGCUAGCCAAGCACACAGCAUUCCAUGGCUUUCCUCUUCCUCUCGACCUUGACGGUGACACCCAGCCAAUGCCCUCGCAGUUUUACAGGAAUUUCACUAGCGGUCUUGGAGAGGACGACACUCAAAUCGACGACGAAAUUGCCCCAGACACCGAGCAAGAGACGCCACAGAUUGAUUUGAUGCAACACUGGGAACCGCCCACCUACCACGAGCUCUCCAGCGACGAAGACGAGGAGAAAGACGACGGUCAAUACUUCUUGAGCUCCGUCGCAAGACCUACCUUUCCCAAGACUCCCGCAACUGCUGGUCGCAAGCGCAAUCAUCGUGGAGAUGUCAUACCCUCUACUACAAGCACAAAGACCCCAGGCUCAGGUGGUCUGUCGGCAUUCGCUUUUGGCAAUGCCCCGCCCUUGACCAGCACUCAACUGUUUCAAGCUACACAAUCGCCUUCGAGUCCUGUAGCCGAUGGCCCGCGAAGCGACCCAGUACUGAGUCGACCGAGCCCAAAUAUCAGGCAGAGUUCGCCUGGACAGAAUCUAGCUUUCUCUUCGCCUUUGAAGGCUUUGCCACACAGUCCGAGUCGAUCGGCCAACAUGGCAGGCAAAUUGAGCAGGCCGGGUACAAGAGACGGUCUNUUUCAAAACAACAAUCCCAUCGUGAGUGGACUGGAGAACGGAGGCGAAAAUGAGUGGGAAUAUCAUGACCGUGAAGGAGUUAUCCUGGAUGACCAUGACCACCAAAGCCCGGGAGGCGAUUCGAUGGACGAGUACGAUGAGUUUGCUCAGUCAAUAAGAUUUAGUCAACGACAAGCUUCAUCCUCGCCUCAGCCCGUCCAAUCCGACCAAGAGAACGACCAUGUCGAGUCUUCGAGCCGCACCUCGACGCACUCUAGUCAGCACAACCCAGGUCUCGAACCGCUCAACGCCUCUGUUCCUUCGGGUCGUCAACAGAGCUCACAUCAGCUGCCCACCACGCAAAUGCUAGGCCGAGAUGCUGAGACUUCCGACUAUGCUGUUGCCGAUUCACAGCCCACUCGACAAGAUGAGACUCAGCUUCCGCCACCUCUGAUUGAGCCUUCUUCCAUGUCAUCCUUUGUUCCUGGCUCCUAUCCACUAAGCCAGACGACGCAGCGUUUGAACGUCUUGAAGCGUGAUGCUGCAGACUCAUCAUCAAUCCCGAAGCCUCCACCAACGACUAGCCAAGCUGCUCCUCAAACCCAGAACCGUCUACCGAGUAGUCCUCCCCAACUCCCUGCUGUGUCUGAAGAGUUCGAAGAAGAGGAGACUUUGGACAUUAAGAAUCAAUCAAGACCGAACGAGGAUCAUGCAGGAGCGUCGUCUCCUUUACCAGAGACACGACCUGCUCCAUCUCAGAGAACUAAGGAGCUGAGACAAGACGGCCACAAGCAAAGUUCUACUGUCCCCGAUACCGAUCCUGCAGAUGAGGUUCGUUCUUCUAAUCGCCCGCUUGUCGACGCGACACCUGUACAAAACCAGGUUCCGAACACCACCUCGAGCACUGACAACGACGCACCUCCGACUGUUGCUUCUGUCUCGCAAUUUGAAAAGCACCGUGCGAGCCAGCUGCAGACUCAAAGUCAAGUCCAGAGCUCAGUGUCGAGUAUUGAGAGCCCCCGCAAAGCCGCUGGUAUCCUCAACUUUGCAGAUAUCGCCACAGAUCCUACACCUCUUAAUGCGCUUGGUGGUAAAGAUCUAGACAUGAAUAUCGAUAUAUUAUCGAACGAAGAUCACGAUUUUAUGGACAUCAUGAAAUCUCCACCCGCAAAGAAGAUGCGCUUGUACGGAAAGAAAGCAAGAGGAUUGGAAAAGACAAGAUCAAAGGUGGACGACAAGAGUCCAGCGAAGCCGCAAGACGCGAUCAAGAGUCCCGUCAAACUGGUUGCCAGGACUGUCGCCUUCCACACCGAUAUUGCACCAGAGCAAGAGCGGAGAGAUACCUCUCAAUUCGCUACCAAUGCUUCAGAUGCUUCUAAACAAGCCAAUCAGGUAGAGCUAAAGCAUACAGAGACGGCAAGCACUAUCGACCCCUAUUCACAAUCACACGAGCCUGUCGAAACGCCACCGGAGAACUCGAUUGAGGAAACAUGCGAAUCUACAACGAAGCAGACGGUAGCAAAACAACCAGACAGAUCUGCCGACCUCGCGCGAAUCGAAGCGGUUGUAGACAGAGAACAGCAGGAAGACGGCACGCAUGCGCGUGAAGUCUUCCCUACUGAAGAUCAAGGACAAUUGACUCCGCCUUCUGCUAGGAAACGAGAGCAAGCUGGUGCUUCUGCAGUGACAAAAGCACGCGAUGCAACGUUAACCCAUAGAUCCGUCGAAGUCAAAACUCCAGUCGCCAAGAGCAGUCCAGGAAGACUUGUGCGGCCCAAACGCAGAACGUCUGACCAGAGUCCAUUGCGUACACCUAUCGCUAGAAGGCAAGAAACUGGAAAGGCACCAAGGUCAAAUCUUUCGCAUGCGCAGCGCCUCUCACCAAGCGAAUGUCCUCAGCAGGAGAGAGUAAUUGCGCCAGCAGAUUCUGUGCUCCAAUCAGGAGCUGCUCAAGAAAGCACAACCACCACGACUGAGCAAGCAGAUGUUACUGACGUGUCUAUGACUGAUGUUGCUUCAGAGCACAACAAUGGUCAUGACGAGAACAGCGAAUCAAGUGCUGAAGUCACUCAACCCCAUAGAGUCCUAGCUCUCUUCAAAGGUACUGGACAAGCAUACUAUCCAGCUACAUGCCUUGGGGCAGCAACUCUCGAUGGUCUCAAGCUCCGCAUUCGAUUUGACGACGGCACAAUCACCCAGCUAGACUCCUACCUAGUACGACGACUCGACCUUCGAUGUGGUGAUCAGGUCAAGGUCGAUCUACAAGGCAUGCGUAGUAAGGUCUACGUUGUUGUGGGUUUCCAGGACAAAGUCGAGAACGUUGAGCCCGAAUCUUAUCCUAAGACUGAUAUUCAUGGAAUCGAGACUCUGCAACUAGUGGUCAAAGAUCGCGACAGUGUGUCAGCAUUGCCUCGGGCAGAAAUCACAACAUCGCUCAAAGUGCCAGUCACAAGCGUCUACCUUACUCAAACUAUGUGGGUCCGCUUCGAGGGCAGAAACUAUCUUUCUUCUACAGCAAGCAUGACGACUAUUGCCACUGGACACUCUUCUCGCCCGCAAACGCCUGUACCUCAGAAUCCUACUCUCGCAACACCGGCCUCGCGAUCCAGAAGAGGCACAGUGACUUCGAUACAUACCUCAACGAUCACUUCAGUGCGAUCAUUGACACGCCCGGAGUUUGCCUCGCCACUUCCAGCCGGUCACGGGAUACUCUCUGGUAUGGCUUUCGCGGUAUCUUACAGCGCAGACUCACCCGAAAAGAAUCGCGUCCUCGAGCUUAUCAAAGCCCAUGGUGGCCUGACCCUAGAGAAGGGCUUCGACGAACUUUUCUCCGUCAAAGAUCUUGGAGAUGCUCCUGAAGAAGCACGUUCACCACCAUCUUCUGCAACCAACGAUACCGAUGCCUUGAUCCUGUCCGCUCGUGCACAGACUCUUGGCUUCGUGGCCCUGAUCGCAGACAAGCAUUCUCGCAGAGCAAAGUAUGUCCAAGCACUUGCACUCUCUCUACCUUGUCUCUCGGGCCGCUGGAUUCUCGACUCGGUCGCCUCGGCCACACCUCUAUCUUGGGCCAAGUACCUCCUCCCUGCCGGAGAAUCCACAUUCCUUUCUGGUGCCGUUCGCAGCCGUACUCUCACACCCUACCUCCCGACUACAACCAAGCUCGCACAAACGAUACAAGAUCGAGAAAGACUACUUCAAGGUGGUAGAGUUCUUCUGGUCAGCGCGGGAGCAGGCGGCAGGAAAUGGGAAGCAAGACGUGCUUACGCCUUCCUCACUGUCGCCUUAGGUGCAAGUGUUGUGCGCAGAGUCUCUGGCCUUGACUCUGCUAAACGCAUCCUUGAUGCCGAGGAAGGAUGGGGAUGGGUGUAUGUCGAAGGCACGAUCGAAGAAGCAGAGAAUGCACUCUUCCGCAAUGGCAGUGUUGAGGAUGCAUGCAUAGCGAAGAAGGGACGCAAGAGAAAAAGAGAAGACGAGGGAAAGGAGAAGAUGGUUGCAGUCGGGCGCGAUGGCAAGGUCAGGAUCGUGGGUGAUGAAUUCGUGGUGCAGAGUCUGAUUUUGGGUGACCUGAUGUUGUAA